AUGAGGUUGAAACUAAAGUCGGAUAGUGGCGUCUCCACAAUCAGAGUCGACCAAGACAGGUUAUUCAAAGAUUUUCUCGCAGACAUCAAAACCAACACCGACCUACAUACCGAUAUCUCGGAGUCCAUCAGUGUUAUAAAGUCAGGAUUUCCACCAAAACCUAUUGACUUGACUUACGACGAGGACACCAAACUACUAGACAAGCAUAUCAAAGAUGGAGACCAGUUGAGUAUAGCUUUUGUAUCGAACAAGCGUGCAUUGUCUCCAGGACUGGAUGUAAACACCGCUGCCACGCCACUCAACAGAUCUGAAGACGAGACGCAGAAUGUUAUUAAUAACAAGAAACGUGAUUUGAGAGAGGAUAUCCCCGCUGUAUACAUAGAACUGAUGAACAAGUACUUGAUACUACGAAACAUCCCCGAUGACAAUUCUUGCUUGUUUAAUUCAAUAUCGUACGCAAUCUCAGGCUACGACUCUUACAAUACGUUUUCGCCGCCACAAGAAUUGAGAAAAGUGGUAGUUGAUUAUGUGGACAAAGAUCCAGAACUAUAUUCUGAGACAGUUCUAGGCAGACCUCGAAGCGAUUAUUGCCAAUGGAUUUUGAAGAAAGAUAGUUGGGGUGGUGCCAUUGAACUAGGCAUUUUAGCCGACUGGUUCGACAUUCGCAUCACUUGUAUUGACAUAGAGCUGGGGAAUUUCAUCAAGAUAGAGAAUGAGGCAAAAAAGCCAUCCAAGUUUAUAUUGUUGAUCUAUAGUGGAAUCCAUUAUGAUAUUUUGGCACUUAGUGACGAAGUCUCGACAAAGAACAAGGAUCGUGAUGAGUGCUUAUUUCAGAUCGACGACUUCAGGGAAAAAGCUAUUAUUGAAGGUGCUGAGAAAUUGUGUAAAUUGCUACAGGAAAAGGAUUACAGUACAAAUACAACGACUUUUAGGGUACGUUGUUUGGACUGCUAUCUGAUAUUGGUUGGAGAACUUGGUGCAUCCAAGCAUGCUGAGCAAACUGGGCAUUUGAAUUUCGGCGAGGUGAAAAAAAAGUAG